AUGCGGAAGAGUCCAUUAAUGAAAGAAAACAUGAAAACAAUUCAGAAUUAAAAAUAUUCAUAUUUGAACAAGAGUAAACAAAAGACAUCCUCUUUAGAAAAGAAUUCUUAUUCAAACAGAUCUUUGUUAAAUGAGAUGUAACAUUAAACUCCAAAUUAACCAAAGAAAAACAUAUCAACAUAAGCAUCAGAUUAGAAACUACAUAAUUGUACAUAAGAUUAUUAUAAAAAAAGAAAGUUAAAUACUGAAAUCAUUAAUGAAAAUAUAAAAUAGAACAAAUCCAAUAUUAACAUAAUAGAAUAGCUAUACUGGAGUGAAACUAAAUUUUAAUAAUUGUAUAGGUAUUGAAGAUAAUAUAAGAUGAAGGUAAUGAAGAGAAAAGAAUGAAUACAAAUUAAUAUAAUUCAUUAAACUAGACAAUUCAUCCAUCUCCAAAAGUUAAGACUAUUUCAUUAUCAACAUACACUGUAUAAAAAUGAAUAAAUUUACGUACUAGAAUACUUAGAGUCCUGAAUUAAGAGAGAAAGAGAUUAGACAUGAAUAGAUAAUCUAAUUUAAAUAGUUAAUUUAACAUACAAAGUAAAAUUUGGAGAGUGUAAGAAUCUCUGAUAUGUAGCAUUGUAUAGAGAAUAUAUUUGAUGAAACUAUCUAAUAAUUAUUAUAAUUAAAGGUAUUAAUUACAAUAUAGUAAUUUAGAGUGAAGUUCUUAAACAAAUUGAAAAGUGUAUAAAUGCUGAANCAAAUAAAAAUUUACCAAUUCAUUGUCAUUUUGAUUUAUUUUAACUUAAUUCUAUAACAUAUUAUUUCUUUAUUGUUCAGUUUUGUUUUUUAAUUCUUUUAAUUCAGCCUUAAUUUUUUUCAUAUGACUUUAGUAAGCAAUUAUAAAUUCUGCUUAAUUUUGUAAUUUAAUUUGAUUAACAAUUUCUGUGA